AUGCCUUCACAGCCUGGAUUCGAAGCGAUAACGCCGUGGAGACAGUCUAGCUCGGGUAGACAGUAUCGCACAGUAACUUUUCAAGGCAGACAGUAUACCCAGUGGGAUGAUGAACGUGGCACUCUCAGCCAAUUAAACAACCAAACACCACGCACAACAGACCCCAGGAACCAGACGAGUGCUCUGGGACCUGCAGGUCAGCAAGCCCGGGGUGCCUCGUACCAGCCGUCUGGCUAUCCGCAGCAGGCGUCAGCAUAUCACACCUCGUUGUUUCCCAACAGCGCACCACCAGCAAACACGAAUGCCCCUGCUGCUCAGCUUGGAGAAGCUCGGAUGACAUCUUACCAAACACAAUACUCCGGUUCGAGGUCGUCUCAUGAUGGUGCUUACCUAUAUGGCCUUCAACAAGACCCUCGUUAUGUUACUUCGCCCACCUCUCCCACACUUGCUCGAGGAACCGAAUCUCAGGUCGGCGACCGAGCCUUGACCGGUGCAAACAGAUUGUCUGGUGCUAGCUGUAAUAGUCCAAUAUCGCCCCAGCCUACCAGCCCUUCCUCUACGCUUGACAGAAGUAGAACCUAUCCUCCAGGUACACGGAGAGUGGUCUCGAGAGACGGGCAAACGUACUGCUUUGAUGAAAACAAUAGAAUUCUUGAUCAAUGGCCCAUGAGGCGCGAAUCCGAGCCUGCUCCCCGUCCUUCAUCUCUGGACACGCGGUCUCCUCCCAGCAAUCCUCCAGCAACCCGGCCCGCCGCGGCUGCUGAGGGCAACAGGCUUAGUCCUACUCGGUUUAUUGAGCGCCAGGGCAAAUCAAUGGAGAAGUUCUUUGUCCGUGGUCGCGUAUUGGCAAUGCUCUGGCAUGAGAAUGCAGGCAGUCGCGGCACUCAGCUCAGUGAAGCCUCUAGACGCGGACCGUAUCAACAAGACAUCAUUACGAAGACUCGUCGAAUGGUCCUCGUCAAAAAGAUGCACGGGUUUUCUUGGUGCAUUCCCAUCCAUACCUAUAGCGGCCAGGGAGUGACCAAAAGAGGUUUAUCCCGCGAGGACAUCGAGAGACACGCCGUAAUUUACAUGCAGGGCACCAAGUCGCAACCACGCCAGGAUGAGCGCGGUCUCGUCAAAGAACCGAUCGCAGUGAAGCCGGCUAGUCCUGAUCAGAAGCUUGACCCGAUGAGCCGCCUCAACUUCGGAAAGCCUUAUACGGUUGAGCACAACAUCAAAGCCAUGGAGGUCGGAAUGGUGACCGACAAGUCGAUGCCGUACCUGGUGACCUACUUCCAGAACGUCUGCAAUGAGCAGCCUUGA